UAUAUAUGUAUAGAGAAAUGGGAUCAUGUUAGAACACAUCCCUUAUGUGAGAACCUGAUAUAUGUGAGGACAUAUUACAACCGUUGCACUAGUAGAAAAAUUGAAAAAGGCACCCCCCUUUUGCCACCGGUUUUUAGGAAAAGUUUUGUUUUAUAAAAAAAAAAUAAUAAAAAAAAAAUAAAAAGAGGGAAAAUGGAUUUGCAACCGGUUCUAACCAAACCGGUGGGAAAAGUGUUAUGAAAUAAAAAAAAAAAAACCGCUUAUAUUCUUCUUUCUUUCUCCUUCAAUUCCUCGAUAUUUCCUCCUCUCUCGUCUACGCUACCUCUCUCUCCUCUCCCUCUCCUCCAUUAAAAUGAACCUCUCUGCACUCCUUCCUCUCUCUGUACUCCUUCAUAUCUUUCUCGUCGUACUCCUUCCUCUCUCCCUCGUCCAUUUAAGCGUUUCUCACUGUACUCUUUCCUCUCUCUCUCCUCCAUUUAAGCGUACUCAAAAUUCUCCCUUGAAGGGGCUUCUGAGCUUUCUCUCCUCCAUUGAAGCAGUCUCUAAGGGAGAUGAUUUGUGUGUUAGCUGCUACUACAUUGAUAGUGAGCUCAAUGCUUAUGCCAUAUCUUCUGCUCAGCUCUAUUCAAACACCCCUUCGGAUUUUGAUUUUAAGCUUGAAAGCCUUGCUCAAGGUUUUCGCUGCUUGUCAGAUUUUGUGCAACACCUUGCUGCUUCAGUUGAUAUUGUGUUUCCUGUCAUCCAUGGUCCUUUUGGUGAAGAUGGUACUCUUCAGGUUCUUGCUUUUCGGGUUAUCAAUCCACAAGCUCCUGUACACAUUUUGAUCAUUCCCAAAGUUAAGGAUGGUUUAACCAGACUCGCUAAGCUUUGAUUGCGAGCUUUUCUUCCAGUUCAAUAUUACUGCUAUCUUCAACUCAGCAUCAAAACCAGUAAAAUAAUCCCAAGAGCCAACACUUUUAAAGGACAGUUAACUCUAGAGUUAGCUUGAAUCCUUCCCCUACAAUGGACAUCAAUGCUGCCAUCGGCAAUGAGGACACCAGCUUGGGUGGGGAAAUGACAUUUGAUACUACAAAGACAAACACCAUUGCCACCAAUGUCACUGUGCUCUGCUCUGCAUCAGUUUUGCAUUCUUGCCGCCCUUGAAGUCCUGAGUUCUAUUAGUUUUUGUAUACUGUCAGACAACAUAUGUUAGUGUUUAUAUGUCCAAAAAUAUAUAUGUUAGUGUUUAUAUGUCCAUUUUUUUUUUUGUUUUUUAAAGUGUAAUAUUACAAGUUAUU